AUGGCCCGCUUGAACACGAGAAGCCAGGCGAAGCAGGACGACUCGCGAGAGAGGUCCCGGCCCCAGCGUCUGACCGAGCGAUAUGUUUCUCCCCCGCCGAAGGAGCGCCGCAGAGAACAACGGACAAUGACCACGGAGACGCUCUUCGAUAAACUGCCCGGACCGGCAGAGAAGCCGGCAUUGCAGCGGAGCAAGUCAACCAGGUCGAGGGCAAAGACGGUCGCAGAACAACAGUUUGAUAUCUUUGCUGAUAGCGAUGGGACAACUGACCGGGACACGCCCAAAGCUAAGAAAGCGACACCUCUGAAGUUGGCGCGUACCAAUUCGAUGAUUCUACCACUGCCACAGCAACCUAGGGCCCGGACGAGCAGGAAAUCAGAGCUAUACAACUACGACAAGGAGAAUGACCCGCUCGAGGAGGAGCUGGAUCCUGAGCCCGAGCCUACUUCACUUUCUAGAAACCCCUCCGAUGCAUCCUCGACCAGACGAUCGCCGACAAGGAAUCGAGACCCACAACAGUUUACUACGUAUCGACAACAGCAAGACGAGUCGGAAGACGAGAAUGGUGAUGAUAGUUUAAACUCGCUUGACGACUUUAUUGUUAGCGACAAUGACGAGCCGAGCUAUCAUGAAACCGAGGAUGAUGAAACUGAGGAAGAGGAGGAGGAACACAAAGUGUCUCCACCUCCAACACAACGGAGGAGAUUAGUUCGAGGUAGACGACCAGAUCCGACGGCUGAAAUAGAGAAAGCUUUGCUUGAGUCUGCACGGCGGCCAGAUCUUCGCCUCGAACCCUCCUUACCGGCUGCGUUCGCAGCAUCAUCGCCGCACUCGGAUAGGGUCGCAAGAAAACUAUUCCAGAAAGAAACCGAUGUUUCUGAUAAGAUGGACCGUUUGAACUUGGAGGAUAGUGAUCCCUCCUCCCAGCUUCAAAAUGAUCUGUUUGGGGCGGCAAUUGAUCCGGACUCAGUCUCCCACACACCACCAAAAGACUCAUCUUUCCAGACCCCCCCGCCCAGUCCAUCAAAGAGCAUCUUGCGCUCUCCGACGAAGGACAGAAUUCGAAUCCCGCCAACACCCCAUCGUGAAAGCACGGAUGAAUUCUGGAGCUUGGAAGUCACCAACAACUGGAUUGACCAACACUCCCCGCGCAAAGUGAAUCGACUGCUUCAGGAGUUUGACGAGUCCGAUUGCGAAUUCGAGUUCAAGUCCAAACCCUCGGAGGACAAAAAGCAAACCAAAACCCCCAGCAAGACCGCGCUGAAAAAGGCAGAAGUCGAAGCAAGGAAAGCCGCGGUAGCACGCAAGAAAUCAUUCGAUAACAAAAAACCAGCACUUGCGGAAGACUUCCUCAAAGUCCUCGACGACGCUGUUUCCGGAGGUGAGGUCCAAAAGCGCGCAGCAGAAACCGGCGGUGUUCGCAUUGUAUGGAGCAAGACACUUCAAACAACUGCUGGGCGUGCAAACUGGAAGCGUGAUAGGUCUCUUCCAACUCACGAUAGAUCUGUGACACCACCUGAUUUCUCAGCAUCUGGAAGCGAGACGCCUUCAGUGAAAACAAAACAUUACGCCACUAUCGAAUUAGCGGAACGUAUCAUCGACGAUGAAGAUCGAUUGAUCAACACCCUAGCCCAUGAGUACUGUCACUUGGCCAACUACAUGGUUUCCAACGUUCGAAAUCAGCCACACGGUGCGAGCUUUCAGGCAUGGGGCCAGAAAUGUAAAACAGCGCUUAAAGACCACCCAGUUUACGGUGGACGGAUCGAAGUGACGACCAGACAUAGCUAUAAGAUCGACUACAAAUACGUCUGGACCUGCGUUGACUGCUGUCAAAACUAUGGGCGCCACUCCAAGAGUAUCGACCCCAGCAAACAUCGAUGCGGUAAAUGCAAAGGUCUCCUGCAGCAGAUCAAGCCCAAGCCAAGAAGUGUCUCACCUAGGAAGAAACAACCUACUCCUCCCGCUGGUGCGGUGAAUGAUGUGGCGAAAGGUUUGGAAGUCGUCGAGUUGAGCCCGUGA